AUGGCUGAACUUGCAAGGACAGCCUGCUGCCGUUGUCGAGAACAAAAGGUAUCCUGGAACGUCCAGCCACAGAUCACGCCCACAAACCCCGGUUGCCGAGAUUCAUUGCUUGUAACUGACACCUGCUUUCUCAAGUUGAGAUGCUCUCGAGAACUCCCAACCUGUGCCCGAUGUCUCAGGCUCAGCGCGGUCUGCGAGUUCCCUGCGCCUCCAGAUCGCAAAGUCCUCGCCGCCUUCCGUGCUCAGCCGAAGAAGCGCAAGCUGGAGCACCACCACGCCAGCGACCGGUCUCCGAGAAACGGUCACCCAUCGGUCCCCAAACCCAGCUCCGCCACCCCGGCGUCCCAGUCCGCGGACCACAGCGCGGGUGCUGCUGCAGAACUGCGCUGUGAUUCUAUCCUUCCACUAUCCAGGUCGCAGGAGAAGUUUUUGCAGGACGUCUACUUCACCUGCAUGUUCAACUCGACGCUAGUGUUCCACAGACCGACGUUUUCGCGGGCGUGGGAGGAAGGGCGGCUGGCACGACAUGUCCUCCUAGCCGUCUACGCGACGGCGACAAUCUUCUUGCCGCUCGACUCGCCCCUUGCACGGCAGAAUGCAGUCCUUCUCCAACCACUGGGCGAUCUGAGAGCCCUGGGAAGACAAUGGGCUAUUCGUGCUGGGAAAGAAGUUCUCCAGGACAUCGACCAGCCCACGUUCGAGAGUGUCCAAACUUGUGAGAUGCUUACAUUAUAUUGGUUCUCGGCUGGAGAGUCCCAGAGAAAUACCAUGUUCUCCGGUAUUGCAUACAAAGCAGCAUGUACCCUUGGCCUGGAUUCAUCAGAGCCACUGGCCGCCUCCGUGAGGAGCCCCUCAUCUGGGCCAAGUCCAACCUGGCUGGAGGAGGAGGCAGUGCGUCGUUGUUUUUGGGCCGUCUGGUUUACACAGUGCAUCAAUUCUGACCACUCGGUUGUUGGAACUACCUACAACGACCGGGUCUUGAACUUGUCGCUUCCCAUAGCUGAGCAUUCCUUUCACGACGCUGUCCAGCAGCCUCUGGAAAAUCUGUCCAGCAUUCUACAGCAGCACUCAACAUUUGCGAGCGAGAAACAUGCUGCUCCCAGUAUCAUGGCUGAGCUCAUGACUCUGAUCUUUUAUUGGGUCAGGAUACGCAAUCUUGUCCGCGUCACGGAUCGCAUCUCUGGCAGAGACUGGCUGGCAGAACUUUUUGAGUUAGAGGGCCGACUGUCCACGUGGUAUUCGCAACUCCCCGAAUCAUUGAAAUACUCAAAGCGAAAUCUGUACGAGCAGCUGGUGGUCCUUCAGCAGCCUGUGUACACGUUUGUCCAUGCACUUUAUCACCAGUGCCGUCUUGUCCUGCAUUCGUCCUUGGUCCCGAAAUUCAGUGGUAUCCGUCUCGACAGGGCAAUUCCAUCAGAGGCAACCGCCCUCAGUGCCCGAAUUGCCCUAAAGAGCGCCCAGCGCAUCUCCGAGCUGGGUGCAGAUAUCCUGGCUCUUGACUGGGACCCAGCCCAAAUAGCGUCCUUCGUGGGGUACUGUAUGUAUGUUUCAGCUUCAAUUCAUGUUGCCUUUCUCUCCUCCAGAGAUGCAACCCUCGCAGUCCCCGCUAGAGCCAACUUGAUGGCCAGCCUGAAGUUGCUCAAGUCAAUGAAAAUUUAUUGGACGAACUUGAAGAGACUGUGGGUCAGAAUCAAUAUGCUCUACGGAGCUCAGAUGUCGAGACGUCUUGCUUCGACGAGAGAAGGCCUGGCCGGUUCCACCGAACUGCAAGCGCACCUCAGCGAACUCGAUGAAGUCGCCGGCGAACCACGAGAUGUUGGUCAAUUGGCCGAGCCACUUGCCGACUCUGUCCUGGAUUAUACGCUAAGGCGGUUAAGACCAGACAGAGUCGCUUUUUCUCCGCCUGCUCAAGCACCAGAAAGACAGCCAUGUCCAGAUGACUUGUCUCAAUUGAUGGACGAAGACUCAAGCUCAUCAUUAAACCCACCGUCUCAAUUCGCAAGACCAGAGGGUCCAUUACCUUCGGUAGGUCUGGAUCAAGCUAAUUAUCUCGCUUCUAUAGCUCCACAAAUGACGGCCAGUUGGGAUCGCAUGCGGACACCGACUCUGCAGCCUCCAAACCACGACGGCCUGGACUGGUGGGAGGUGAGUCUGGACAGCUUUCAACAGCCGAUACUGCCGUACGAAGAACUCUUCAAUCUGGAUUUCAACUUAUCAUAG